CGCUCGGUCCCGCCCCCCGCUCGGCCCGGGCUCGGCCCCGCUCCGUUCGCAGGGACCGGGCAGGGACCGGGGCCGCCGCCCGGGCCGGGGCAGCCUUCCAGGACCACCCCCCGCCGCCAUGGGCCGUGUCCCCGCGCUCCUCGGGCCCGUCCUGGUGCUGCUCGGCUGCGGCAUCGUGAGAGGCAACAGGCCACCAUCCCCUGUCAACGUGACUGUGACGCAGCUGAAGGCAAACUCUGCCACGGUCUCCUGGGACGUCCCAGAAGGAGACAUGGUGAUCGGCUAUGCCAUCCUACAGCAGCUGGGAACGGCCUCCUGGAAUGACAGGUCUUCACUCUGGCAGCGGCAAGAUGGGCAGAUGCAGCGCUUCAUCCGGGAGGUGAACACCACCAACCGAGCCUGCGUGCUGUGGGACUUGGCGGAGGAUGCCGAUUACAUCAUUCAGGUGCAGAGCAUCGGCCUCUAUGGGGAAAGCCAGGCCAGCAAGCGUGUCCAUUUCCGCACUCUGAAGGAGACUGACCGCCUCCCUUCCAACAGCUCCAACCAAGGUGAUAUCACCAUGGAAGGGCUGGACAAAGACAGGCAACUGCAGACGGGUGAGAUCAUCAUCAUCGUGGUGGUGCUGCUCAUGUGGGCAGCGGUGAUCGCCCUCUUCUGCAGACAAUAUGACAUCAUCAAGGACAACGACUCCAACAACAACAAGGAAAAGGCCAAGCCGUCCUCAGAGCACAGCACGCCAGAGCGACCGAGCGGAGGACUGCUGCGGAGCAAGAAGUCUCCCUCAGUCAAUAUCAUCGAGGUGUAAGUGUGACACCAGCUCUGCGUCUGGGGUCUUGGGCAUCCUGUCGGAGCGAAGCAGGCCUUGGAAGAAAAGGCAGCACCUGGUGCCCAGUCUGGAACUCUGCAUGCGAAGAUGCGCGUAUCAGAACUUACGCUUUCCCGAGGGCACCCGUCCAGGGAUGUGCAUGGAGCCGGCUCCCAGCCGUGCAUGCAGUGCGCGGCCCUGCCCAUCCUGCAUGCCUGGCCCCGCUCCCCUGCCGCUGCGGAGCGUGGAGCUGAGAGAGGAUGGGGGUCCCAGCGCCAGCUCAGGGGUGCGCAGAGGGACCAGUGCGCUGGUGCGAGGGGAGGCAGCAUCCCUGGGUGCUGCCUUGGCCAAAGGCCUGAGUGCAACCACAAUGCACCAGACACCUGCCCUGCAGGCAGCCUGGAGCAGACCUUGUGCUUAGCCACUGUGUUUGGGCUUGAGGGGUGGGAGCUGCUCCCCGUUUGGCCUCAAGUCUGAGGGGAUGGGGCAGUGCAGGCAUUUGCCCCAGUGGGUGGCAGGAGGAAGGUUCAUCUGUGAGGCUGGGCCCAGUGGCCACUGCUGAGGAGUGGAUCCCUGCUGGAGAUUGGGGCUCCACCGCACCCCAUCAUGGCCAUGCAGGGGCUUCAAGGCCUAUCCCUGCUACAGGUGAUAAAGACAGAAACGAGCGUGAGGAGCUGGUGCUGCCACAGUGCCUGGACAGCUUGCAGAGCAUGCAGCCAGGGCAGGGAGUGCUGGCAGGAGUAGUUGUGUGGGGUGGUGGGAGCCCCACAGAGCUACAAGAGCCAGCAAUGCCUGCACAUGGCUGGGGGUUUGCAGUUUCCAUCGCAGGGCUCAGUCCUCACACAUCUGAGCUGUAUCCCCUGCAAGCAGUGUGAUGCCCAUGCUGCCUGGAGGAGAUAACGUCAUGAGGGGUAGUGUGGCAUCAGCAGGCUAGGCAGGAUGCACUGCAGAGCUCAUCAUCGCUCUGGGGACAACCCUAACUCCUGUAGCGUCACAUCGCACCUCUGGCUCCUUCUGCUUUGCAGGAUUUUGAUCACUGCUGAUGCUCAGGCACCUGGAGCUGGUCCCACAGCCCACACCAGGUUGGCUGAUGUGACACAGACCCGUUGGAAAGGGCUGUCACUGGAGCUGGGGGAUCACUGGCUCGCUGUUACCUGCUCAGUCUGCCUGCUCAUGCGAGGACAGCAUGAGCCACCAACCACCCUGGGACUGGUGAAGAGGCAGUGUCUGGACUGUGCUUGUUUGCUCCACAGAGCCUGCAGGCAGAACGCUCUCACUGGGUAUCCGCACCGCUCUGUGGCCAAGGCCUGGCCCAGGGAUGCCCUCUCAAUCGUGGUUGCAGGGAACAUUGUGAUGGGAGGAGGCUCUCUGCAGAUGGCAGUGGUGCCGUGGCUGCUGCUCUCCUCCAUGCUCUUGUGGGCUGUCACUGAGCUGGGGUGCUGGCUCUGCUGCCCUGGACUCAAAGCAUCACAGGAUCCAGCGUCUUCCAGGAAUAAACCUCCCAGUAAAGCACUUUCAGGACUCUUCCUUCCAGGUGCUGCUCAGGCUCUGCUACAGGACAGGUGGGGAGGGGACAGGAUAAGAGACUCACUGUGGCAGGGCCUUUUCAAUAAAAGCAUCCUGGCU